CCACCAGCCAAAGUGGCAAGUAGUGGCCAUUCGCCAUUUUUAUCUCUUCACUUGAGCUGAGUCAAGUUAAAAAUCUGGAGCUUUCCACCUCUUGGGAUCGUUGCUAAACCGGCCAGCGAGAGGGCGGGGCAAGGCUCAUUUCAUCCAAUCAGUGGCGGGGUAAUCGAACCUGAAAGGCGUGGAGUGACUCUCUUGAGUGUGACACACCGAGGCCGGCGCAAAGGGAAAGUGAAGGAAGAAAGGGACAGGUCAGGGUCUGGAAACCACAUAAACCAUAAUUUUUGGCCCUUGUCAAGACGACUUGACGUUAUUCUUACUUUUCCACACUUAGUUCUUCUCAUCAUAUGCCCCUUUCUGCGGUACCCCCAGAUUCGCGCAAUUGAGUUCCUCUCUUCUCUUAAAAUCCCAUUCUGACUUGUAUACCCUCUGACCCCACCAUCGCCGUCACCAUGUCUUCUUUCUUCAUCCCCAACAAGAACGUUGGCAACCAAGCCGACUCGGAAGAUUGGAGAAUUCGCGGUUACAACCCCCUGACUCCCCCCGACCUCCUUCAACACGAGAUCUCCCAAACCCCCGAGUCCAAGAAAACCGUUCUACAAGGUCGCAAUGAGACUGUAGCCGUUGUUAAUGGCACCGACGAGAAGAACCGAUUGCUUGUCGUCAUUGGCCCCUGUUCCAUCCACGACCCUGCUGCCGCCCUAGCCUACUGCGACCUCCUCUUGAAAGAGAAGGAGAAGCACAAGGAUGAGCUUCUCAUCGUCAUGCGAUCUUACCUCGAGAAGCCACGCACAACUGUUGGCUGGAAGGGGCUGAUCAAUGAUCCUGAUAUUGAUGGCAGCUUCCAGAUCAACAAGGGUCUGCGAAUCUCUCGCCAACUCUUUGUCGACCUUACAGCCAAGGGUAUGCCCAUUGCUAGUGAAAUGCUGGACACUAUUUCUCCCCAGUUCCUCGCCGAUCUGCUCUCAGUGGGUGCCAUAGGCGCCCGCACGACCGAGAGCCAGCUUCACCGUGAGCUUGCCAGUGGCCUGAGUUUCCCCGUGGGUUUCAAGAACGGAACUGAUGGUUCUUUGAACGUCGCCAUUGAUGCCAUUGGUGCAGCCCAGCACCCCCACCACUUCCUGUCUGUUACCAAGCCCGGUGUUGUCGCCAUUGUUGGUACUGAGGGCAACAAUGAUUGCUUCGUCAUCCUUCGCGGUGGCUCAAAGGGUACCAAUUUCGAUGCUGAGAGCAUUGCUGCUGCCAAGGAGGCGCUCAAGAAGAAGGGCGUACGACAGCGAGUCAUGGUCGAUUGUAGUCACGGUAACUCUUCCAAAGACCACAAGAACCAGCCCAAGGUUGCUGCCGAUAUUGCAGGCCAGAUCUCCAGGGGAGAGGAGGGCAUCAUGGGAGUCAUGAUUGAGAGUAACAUCAACGAGGGUAACCAAAAGGUACCCGCUGAGGGUAAAUCGGGCCUCAAGUAUGGUGUAAGCAUCACCGAUGCUUGUAUCAGCUGGGAAGACACGGUCUCAACACUCGAUACUCUUGCGCAGGCCGUGAAGGACCGCCGAAAACUCUCAAACGGCGCCUAAAUUCUGAUUUCUACCACAUUAUGGGCAUGUAAUACGUUUAGCGCUCGAUCCAGAACAAUUUUUUCUUCUUUGGGAUUGGGGUUGUAUAUCGUUGCAAUGGCUCGCGUAUUUGAUUCAAGGCUUGGAGUUUAAUGGAAUCUUGAUUCAAAGGAUAGAUAAAAGAUGAAAGGCAUAAGACAAAAGGGCGAAAUCUGGAAAGUAACACACAAUAAGAAGAUAUAAAGUUAUUUGUCAUAGAAUAGCCGGGUUUCCAUUGUGUAAAUCAGUCAUUUCUUUAUGGGAGUGUAUCACACACUGUCCCUGCCCGACGCGCACACUGUAAUGGCUAAGUUGUUAUGUGUGGCGUGGUGUUAUUGCUCCCUUGUCUGAACUUAUUAACACUGUGCCCC